CGUUAAGAUGCUUUAAGGCAAUUUAGGUUAGUUGUUUGUAUGAGCUUGACAAUAAACAAACCAUGCCAAGCUGGUACCUUGGUACAUGAAAUUAUUCAUUGUCAAAGUGUGUAAUCAAACGUUAGUGGAUAAGUAAUUUUUAUUGUUGGACCGUUCGAAAAUAAAAAAGUUAUGCCAUCGUAGCCUGAUGUAACGUGUUAUAUGAUAUGUAUGUUUUUCAAAAUGGUUUUCUCAAAAUUAUGUACCAAAGAUAUUCUCCAAAAUUCUCUCCUCAAACUUCUCAACACCUUCUACUUGCUGGCAAAUUACGUAGCGCUUGUCACAAUGAAUAUAGGUUUCGCCAUUGUUAUAAUUUUCCUAAUACUGCGCCAUGUUUUGCAGAAUAUUAAUAUUUAUGAGACGAAGUAUUAUGUUGUGGCAAUAUUUUAACCCCGAUAUGCAAUUAGAGAAGUUUGGAAUCGAUUUGAAUGUCGAGGAGUAUAAUUAUUCAAGAAGUUUCGAGAUGGAACAUAGGUAUGAGCAUUGAGCAAUGGAGAAAUUAAAAGUAAUGUGAAUUUUGGAUUAAAAAAAUAAUAAUAAUAAAAGUUUGAUAAUGAA